AUGUUGAAACAGUGUUUUGUGUCUCAUAACGCCAAUGCUCUCUAUUUCUCUAUCUCCAACCCCAAAUUCAAUCUUCCAAGCUCCUCAAAGAAGCCAACUCGUCUCACCUCCGGCGUUCUCAAUGUUGGAUUACAAGAUAUCGGCGAAGUCAUCCACAACAAGGUACUCAUAGCUGCUGGGGUUUCCGGGGCGAUUGGGCAGCUCUCAAAGCCUUUCACUUCUGUUGUUUUUUAUGGGAAAAAACUGGACUUUAGAGCUGCUUUUCAAGCUGGUGGUUUCCCUUCAACGCAUUCAUCUUCUGUGGUGGCUGCAGCAACUGCAAUUGCUUUUGAAAGGGGUUUUGCUGACUCCAUUUUUGGUCUGACUGUGGUUUAUGCUGCCCUUAUCAUGUAUGAUGCCCAGGGGGUGAGAAGAGAAGUUGGAAAACAUGCGAAAUUGUUGAACAGACUAACAGCUAAGUAUCCUGAGAGAGUUGAAGAGAUGAGUUUAUUAAAGGGAAACCAAGUGAAACCACUUAAGCCUUUGCAAUCAGACAAGAUCAUCAGUGAGGAAGUGUAUCCUCCACUGAAAGAAUCAAUAGGACAUACUGAAGUCGAAGUCAUUGCAGGAGCUUUGUUCGGUUUCUUAGUUAGCUUCGGUGUUUAUUCACUCAUGUAA